AUGGGACGCCCGCAGUAUCGUUCGUACGCCGAUAUGGUAGACGCUGGAUCCCGUCCGCGUCUGCGUGUCACGAAUCGCACUACUAUAGAUUCUUCUUCACAGUCGCUAUCAUCAAAUUACGGAUCCUACACAGCCAAGGACACGAACUUCCGCGCGCAGCUCGCAGCCUCAGCAUCACUAUGCUACCGGACUGAUAUUGAUAUUCCAGACGACGCCUCAUUUUCAUCAUCAUCGUCAUGGCCAGACUACCCGGAAUAUCACGUCGAUAGAACAGAUGAUGUUUCUGAUGGUAUAUCAGAAGCAUUCCGAGCAGCUCGGCGUUUCUUCCUGGAUGAAUGGUCAGUCGAAGAGGCUGUUCCGGCGAAAUCUCGUUUUUCGCUUUACUCGUCCGAGGAUGGUGAGCUUGGGGAUUGUGGGAAUGAGCGGAAAUGUGUUCGCGAUGAUGGAUCAGAUGAUGUUUCAGACGAUGCAGCAGAGGCAGUACCGGCUGUUCGACGGUUCUCCCCCGAUGAGGGGUCGUUUGAAGACGCAGAUCCUGCUGAAUCCCGAUUUCCCUCGUCCUUGGUGUCGAACGGUAGUUCCGGAGACCUUGGGGUUGAGCGCUGGUGGGCUACCAAUACGCGCCACGUCGAUGAUAACAGCUCCGCAGACGCUGACGACGAAGGAGAUGAAGAAAAUAAUUCGUCUUUCCCGUACUAUGUACGUCAGGGGCCACUGAGAGUGCGUAAUGCAGCAGUAUCGCUAUCAUCAGAAGGCUCUGUCCCGGCGAGCGCUCCGACCGACUGGUAUUACACACAAGACAGCGACGAGACUUCAGAGGGUAACCUUGCUGAUGACGACAUGGCUUUCUACGAAGGACUCUACGAAGAACCAGAUGCAGACAACCACAGCGGAUCGAUCGAUCAAUCGCACUUCGCAGACUUCGACGGAGAUUUCACCGGCGUUCCUUCGCUUACCAACGACACCUCACCGGAGAACUCCUCCAGGAAUGAAUCGAGUAGCGGAAGGGUGUUGAGGGUCGCCAACCAGACCUCCCCUCAAGAUGGCGCCGGGACCGAGAACGAUGACUGCCCGAGUGAGAGCGAAUCCAAUGACGAACUUCCGCAACGUGGUCGAAGUAGGACUAGAAGGGCACAGUAA